CAACGAGAUCUCGGGGAUUCCUGGCCCACCAAGCAGCCAUGUCGACGGGAUCGGUCCAGCGCACCGGGAGAGAGCUCCCGGCCAAGGAGUCUGCUCUGUUCAAGUCGAUCCUGAAAUUUUAUGAACAUAAGCAGUACAAGAAGGGAAUCAAGGUUGCCGAGCAAAUCUUGAAAAAGUUUCCCAAUCAUGGAGAGACUCUGGCCAUGAAGGGUUUGUUCUGCGGACACCUGGAUCGCAAGGAGGAUGCCCAUCAGUUUAUCAAAAAGGGCAUCGUGGCCGAUAUGACGAGCCAUAUAUGCUGGCACGUCUACGGAUUGUUUUACCGCGGCGAAAAGAACUACGAAGAGGCGUCCAAGUGCUACAUCCAGGCUCUGAAGUUUGACAAGGAAAACAUCCAGAUCCUUCGAGACUAUUCGCUCCUUCAGUUGCAAAUGCGCAACUACGAAACGCUCAAGGACUCGCGUCUUUCGCUUAUCCAACUGCGCUCGAGCAACCGACUGUUUUGGGUCGGUCUGGCAAUUGCCUACCACCUUCUUGGGAACUACGACCGUGCCAUCGAUGUGCUCACGACCUAUGAGCAGUGUGAUGCCGGUGCCAUCGAGGGUCCUCUGGCUGCCUUCGAGAUCAGCGAGCUACUCUUGUACCGCAACUCUCUGAUCGAGGCGUCGGGUGAUCUGCAGAGGGCCUAUGACGACCUGGAGGACAUCAAGCGCCGCGUCGUCGACAAGCAGUCCUGGAAGCAAGCCAAGGGCCGCCUUACUAUGAACCUGGGCUACGAGACCGCGUGCCAGCAGGUCUACGAAGAUCUGGUUCGCUCUAAUCCAGACUGUGUCCAGUACAUUAUCGGAUACCAAGGCUCCUUUGGAUGGAGCACCGUCGCCGAUGACAAUAUCGAGGAGGUUUUGCAGUUUUACGAGAAAUUGUCCAACGCGUACCCAAGGUCCAACACACUCAAGCGCAUACCCCUGCAAUAUGCCACGGGCGAUCGCUUCGCGCAGCUGAUGGAUGUGUAUCUCCAGAACAACUUCCGCAAGGGUGUCCCAUCUCUCUUUGUCAGCCUCAAGGACUGUCUCAAGGAUGCAAAGAAGCUCCGCGCCAUCGAGGACUUGGUCAACGGCUACAAAGACUCUCUUGAGCGUACCGGUCGCUUCGGUGCCGAAGGCGAGAAAGAGCCGCCAAGCACCUUGCUGUGGGUGCUGUACUUCCUGGCCCAGUUCUAUGACAAGCAGGGCCAGGCUAACACGGCGCUGAAGCACAUAGAGGCCGCCAUCAAGCACACCCCUACCUCUGUUGAGCUGCACAUGACUCGGGCUAGGAUUUACAAGCACGCCGGCGACAAUCUCAGCGCAGCCAAGUUUAUGGAGGAAGCUCGCGAGCUUGACUUGCAAGACCGGUUUGUCAACUCGAAAGCCACCAAGUACUGGCUUCGAGCCGAUAACAUCGCGCAGGCGGAGAAGACUGCUGGCUACUUUACAAAGCACGAUGCACCUGACCCCGUCAGCGACCUCACGGACAUGCAGUGCUUUUGGUUCCUGGUGGAAAGCGCCAAGAGCUAUGUCCGGCUCAACAAGCCCGGAAUGGCGCUCAAGCGCCUCAACUUGGUCGAAAAGAUAUUCAACGAUAUUUACGACGAUCAGUUCGACUUCCAUUCAUAUUGUCUGCGCAAGAUGACCCUCCGCUCCUACACCGAGUUCCUGUUCCUCGAAGAUAAGUUGAAGAGCCACCCCUUCUUUUUCCAGGCUGCCGUUGUGGCGACCAAGCUGCUUAUCAAUCUUCACGACAAGCCAAAAGGUCUUGGCGACAUUGACAUGGAAGAGUAUGCCAACAUGUCCGCUUCGGACCGCAAGAAGGCCCAGCGUAAGGCUCGCAAGGCUGAACUGAAGAGUGCAGCGGAGGGCAAUGUCACUCCAGCGGCCGGAGCCACGGCCGUUACAGUGGCGGCGGGCUCGAGCAGCAAGAAGAAGCCCGUUGACGAGGAUCCUUCUGGCGAAAAGCUCUUGAAUUCCAAUGACUUCUUGGGUGAUUCCUUGAAGUUCCUUCGCCCCUUGCUCGAACUGAGCCCAACUCGGAUCGAGAGCCAGUACCUGGGUGCCGAAGUCUACAUCAGAAAGAAGAAGUAUUUGCUUGCUCUGAAGUGCAUCAAGGCUGGCUUAGCCAUCGACCCUCGCGACAGCAAUCUCCACAAGGCCAUUGUCCGCUUUAUUCGCGACGUUCGCAAUCCUGAAAAUGAAGCCGAUGCAGCGGUCGCCGCCUUGAUCGAUGAGGAGCUUGAAGCCAUUAUCCCUGGAGCUUUUGGCGAUGUCGUCAAGUACAACGACCGAUUCUGUGAACAGAAUGCGCUCAGCCUUGCACAUGUCCUAGCGGCAAGCGAGAUCGGCUCGGUGCUUGGCUCCGCACACAGCAAGGCCCAAGGGGCCAAGCAAGUGAAGGAGGCUUUUAUGAAGGACGGCUGCGAGUUCACACUAGAGACGGCCGUUGCUGCAUAUGCGUUUGUCAAGAAGAACAGCGAUUCUGCUGCCAUUGAGGCAGUACAAGCCAAGUGCAAGCAGUCUUUCCCGCUGGCUCAGGCUUCGUCGUUCGCCUAGAACAGCCCCGACGGUAAUGGAGCUGGGCGGGGUUGGCGAGGUUAUGCACUCGCAUCACCCUCCAUAUCCAUUCUUCGAUCUUGGCUAAAUUGCAGCGUUCAUGAAGGGCAUUGUGUAUUCAUGGAGAUUGGCGUCUCUUCAGGAACUGAAUACAUACACGUUCAUCCAUCCA